AGCGCCCGCCGCUCGCCACGCCGCGGCACGGGCGGCAGCCGCUCCGCUUCCCGCGGGCCGGGGCGCUCCCGGCCCUCCGCCUCGGAGCCGGCGCCCGGCGCAGAGUGCUCGGCUGGUGCCGCCUGCACCCCGAGCCCAGCCCCGGCGGGCGGAGGCCGGCUAACCCUGCCAGAAGGAUGCUGGAGAGCGGCUGUAAGGCGGUGAAGGAGGGCAUGCUGGAGAAGAGGAGCGACGGGCUGCUGCAGCUCUGGAAGAAGAAGCGCUGUAUCCUCACCGAGGAGGGGCUGCUCCUCAUCCCCCCCAAGCAUCCCCCGCCGCCGCCGCAGCAGCAGCAGCAACCGGCCGAGCCGGCGGCCAAGAUCAAGGAGCUUCACUUCUCCAACAUGAAGACGGUGGACUGCGUGGAGCGGAAGGGCAAGUACGUGUACUUCACGGUGGUGAUGGCCGAGGGGAAGGAGAUCGACUUUCGGUGCGCGCAGGAGCAGGGCUGGAACGCGGCGAUCACGCUGCAGAUGGUGCAGUACAAGAACCGCCAGGCCAUCCUGGCCGUGCGCUCCACCCGGCAGAAGCAGCAGCACCUGGCGGCCCCGCACGGGCCGCGCCUCCGCGGCGCCUCCAACUCCGCCUAGGCUGGUACAGGUACGGCCCCGGCCCCGCCGCUCCGCUCGGCCCCUGCCGCUGCCCUGCCUGCUCUGUGCUCUCCGUCCGCUGCAGGGGACGGGCUCGGAGCGCUUCGGAGAGCAGGGACAGAGCGCGUUGGCGGCGGACCUGCGCCCGGGCUCAGAAACUGGGCGAACGCCCGAGCUGCAGGUACACCGGAGAGAAGCGGCUCAAUAGCCUGAACUUCAGCCUGCCGCUGCUGCUGCUGCUGCUUCGCCGCCCUCGGUGCCGAGAAGCAUUUCAAAUCCAUUAUUUAUGAACCUUGGAAAAGAUCCUUUGGUGCGAUGGGACUUCUAGGAGACAUGAUGUUCUGUAACUUUAUUUUAAUGUAUUUUAUUUUAUUUAUUAGGGUUGAUUUCUUUUGGUUUUGUUUUCCUUUUUAUUUUUUUUAAGGCUUAUUUGCAAGACAUUUCUGAAUGUAGGCCGUAGCAAAGAAAAGUAAAGGAGAAGACAAUAUGCAUGUUAACUCCCUGAAAGAAUGGAAAAGUUCUGGGUACUUCGACUGUGUGCAGUUUGACAAAAACGUUAUUCAUUUUUUACCCAAAAUACACUAUAUUCCACCAGCAUGGAAAAUGUGAUAUGUGUUUCAAAAUUUGGCUGAAACCCGUACUGCAUACAAAACCUAUUUUCUCUAAUGAGAGCAACAAUUAGAAUCUGGGGCUUAAAUGAUUUUUUUAAAUAUUAAACGUGGUGGAAGAUGAUAAAAAGUUAUUCAUGCUUGGCUAUUCAAAAAAGCAACGUUGCUUGUCAUUCUGAGAUUAAAACCAAUCUGUUUAGUGUACGAGCGGAAAGAAUCUGACCAACUUCUUUUGUGCUGCAGGAGUCUGAGUUGGGUUCCAGCUGUCUGUGUGGUGUGCUUGCUCCUAGGCUGGUGGGCCAGAGCUGGGAAGUGUUCAUGAACAUUUCUUAGUGUUCCAGUUCAGGGCUCCCUCUGCACGCUCAGUUUUUAUGGGAUCUGGACUCUCACGCUCUGUUGCAUUUUCAUGGCAGUUUUUUAAUGUCUUGCAUUAAAGCAGUCCAUAGUUUAAAAUCCAUUUUAUGUAUGUUUCAGUGUGCAAAUGGAUUAGUUUGGUCACAGUUUUCAUAAGCUGAAAGUUGCUCUCUAGCUGAGAUGAACUAGAUUAAUUUUGGUGUUCAGCACUGUCAGAUGUUGAGAGAGGCAUGCCAUCUUCCUCUAAAAACAUUGAUGAAGCCAUGAAGUUGGAAAACAAAGGGCUAAUUGCACAGCUGGUGUGUGUUUCGCUGCCUCUUAGAAGUCAGUGGGAGUUUGGCUGUCGAUGGUGGUGGGAGUGGGUGGGAGCUCCUUGGCCAGUGCAGAGGAGGGAGUUGGGUGUGAGCAGUGAGCUUUAGGACAGGGCCCUUCUGACCAUGGGUAGCUUCACAUUGGGUGCUCAACCACCCAGCUUCUCUGGUUUGGAUGAAAUGGGGAGGCUGCAAGUGGGACAGAGCAAUGAGACCCAUUAUUUCUGCUCCAAGAUAAAAUGUCAAAGCCACGGAGAUAUUUAUUUUAGCUAGUGUGGUGAGGAAAAUGGCUUUUGGCCCCUUUACAAUUUACACUAAUAUAGACAGAGUCUUUUAAAGCUACACAUCCAAGGCUUUUCUUUUUGUGUAAAUGAGGUGUAACUUGACAGCAAGAGCCUUACAUUCUUGAUGCAAGCUUAUUUCGCUAAGUAUUUAAAGCAAAAAGCUGGAGUGAUACUCAAAGGAAGGUUCUAGAAUUCGCUGCUGUGUACAUUGGUCCCUUCUUCUGCACUCUGUGAGGAGUCAGUUGAGGUCCGUGUUAGCCCUUGUCUUUUGUUCCUUCCCCAGGUGUCAGGGUCACAUACCUAGACAAGCAAGACAUGUCAUGGUGCAGAAUCAAAGCCCUCUGUAGUUACUGUGAGCACUUCUCUUUGACCUGGCCCUUGGCACGGUGAUGAACCUGUGGUGGUGGAUUACAGCUGUCCUAACAGAGUCAUUACUUUGCCAUUAAUUGAAAUCGAAGGUGCCCCACAUCUUCGAGGAUUAGGUUCGCUGGCUUGGCAGUCAUAAUUCUCAAUUUCCACAUCUCUGUACAUCUGCCAUUGUCAUUCUGCUAACGCUUGGAUGUUAGAGCUGCAAGGGGGUUCUCUAAUGAGCUAGUCAAAGACUCACAAAAUAGACUGUAAUUUGUAAUUUGGCUCUUCUCUUUCGAGUGAUUAAGUACAGGUUACUGAGAAACUAAUCCACCUUUUCAGGUGUACAGAUGUAUUGCUGAUCUCACCUACUAAAAUGUAUUUUAGCCUACUGAAGGAUAAAUGUAACUGAUGAGAAUUAAUUCCUAUUUGAUCAUAGACACGUGUAUUUCUCUGAGAGAGGCAGUUAUUCUUGUCCUUGGUGGAUGCAAACCUCUGAAUGCCACAGAAGUCCAUGGAUGUAGUCUAAAGCUGAAAUUUUACUGUUCUUCUGGAAGUACUUGUACUUGAAAGCUAAAGAUGAUUGUUUUAGUGAGGAAAUUGACAUGAAGGUUUGGAGAAACAACUCUCAAUUUGAAUUUGCUGUUCUUUUUCACUGGUUCAAGGUCAAUACCCCACUUUUAUGUUUCUUGUUUUAAAUUGGUCUGAAGGAUGAUCUGAAAACCUUUUGAACUAAUGUAAUUCAACAAACUUUUGUUGUGUGUCAUUGCCUGCUGUGUUACCUGUUUAAAAACUGGUGUCAGCCAGCCUCCUAGUAUGAGAGGUGGUCACAUCCCAAAAUCUAUCUUGAUACCUCCAGCCCGAGUGCCUGGGAUGGGUGUAAGGAUCAAACUUGUGUCUCCCAACUGUCUCCUGGAAACUGAAUGGGAACAAAUUGGCUGGGGUCUCCUGGGGACAGUUGGACCAUGUGGCUCAUGAACUGUCAGUAUAAAUAAGGCUAAAUUGUCUGAUGGGGACAGUCUGACAACUUUCUCACGCUCUGAAUUCCGCAGCGUGUGGGGUUUUUUGGGUUUUGGGGGGUUUUUGUUUGGGCUUUUUUUGUUUCUUGUUUUUUUUCCUUGACUGAUAGUAAUUUUAGACCAAGGAAUUGUUUGAUGUUGUAAAGGGUACUUCUGGGUUUUUUUUUCCAUCUUGCCCCUCUAUUACUGCAUAGUCUUCAUUUGAAUGUCUGGAUUUAAUAAUGUCUAUUACUGCCUUGUAAGCAAUGGCCAUGAAAAUAGGUUCAGCACAUCAUUCUCCAUCUUAUUGGAGCUUUGCAAGUAAAUAAAUCAAGUUGUCCUUCCUCUUCCAAAAAAGAAAAGUCUGACAGCAGAUGGCUGAAGUAAUUUCAUUAGAGAAUAAACAAAAAUGCUGGUAAAACAUAUACAGGCAAAUGUUUGGUAUAGAUAGCAAAAGUGGGGACAGUCUGUUCAUAAAGAGGUCAAAAUUACUUGUUGUAAUUUUAAAAAGUAAUCAAGGGACAGAUUCAGCAGGCUGUGGUGACCAAGACAAUUUAGGAACUGGGGGGGAAAGGAAGAUCAGGUGGAUGUUCUUUCUGUGACAUCCUGAAAUAAUUCCUCUUUUUUAAGGUUCAUGAUUUUCAAAUGCCAGCUUCUGAAUUAUGGCUGCAGUGAUGUACAAAAUGUUUUCUAGCAUAUCCUCUCGUGAGCAGAAAUACCAGUGUCGUCAAAAAAAAAUUGUGUGUAAAUAUGACUCAUAAAUGAUUUCUGAGAGAUGUGAUUUAUUUUUCAUAUUUUUCAAGAUACAUUCCAUUUCAAAUAAAGAGGUAUCUAUUGAAAGAGCUCUCAA